AUGACAACAGUGAGAGCAUUAAUAGCCACAACAGUGAAGAAGGGUUGGUGCAUAUCUCAGCUAGAUGUAAACAAUGCCUUCCUCCAUGGAGACCUUAAUGAGAAAGUAUAUAUGCAGACCCCACCUGGACUUGUUAUGGAUAAACCUGGACUAAAAAAUGGAGAUUCAUUGGUAUAUGUUGCAGUAUAUGUUGAGGUUGUGUUGCUUACUGGAACUGAUCAAGAAGAGAUCACACAGUUGAAAGACUCUUUGCAUGAGCAGUUUAAAAUCAAAGAUCUGGGGCAAUUGCACUUCUUUCUGGGGCUAGAGGAGUAUACCUGCCUAGACUACAAGUCUUGUUAUUCACCCUUAGACCCUACAAUAAAGCUAAAGGCUAAAGAAGGUACCAUUCUACAGGAUCCUACUUACUACAGGAAACUGGCAGCUUUUCAUAUGCUUAGAUAUCAGAAAAGUGAUCCCACUCUGGGAAUCUUCAUGUCUAAGGAUACAGAUUGUACAGUCAAAGCAUAUUGUGACUCUGAUUGGGCAAGUUGUCCAAAUUCUAAGAGAUCCAUUACAGGAUAUUUGGUGCUUCUAGGAAAUAGUCCUGUUAGUUGGAAGUCCAAGAAACAGGAAACUAUGUCACUAUCUUCUGCAGAAGCAGAGUACAGGGCUUUAAGGAAAGUAGUGAGGGAAAUGGUAUGGUUGAGCAGGCUGUUUGAAGAACUAGAUGUCCCUUUUUCAAUGCCUAUUUCAGUGUAUUGUGACAGUCAAUCUGCACUUCAUAUUGCCAAGAAUCCAGUCAUCCACGAGAGACCAAGCACAUAG